AUGCAAUCUCCGAAUGUUCUUAUUGUUGGCUCUGGACCUGCAGGUCUCGUUCUCGCACUUUCACUCCUGAAGAACGGUAUACCAGUUCGCAUUAUCGAGAAAGAUGCUCAGCAUCAUAAUGGAGAGCGUGGCUCCGGAAUAUCGCCUCGUACUCUUGAAAUUGAGCAAUUUCUGGGCAUCGACAACGAAGUCCGCAAGCUUGGGGCUGGUCCACCAAUGAUCCACAUGUACGACCCGAAAGAUCCUUACUGCAUCAUACGAUCUUCAAAAAUAGCAGCAGACUCUGGGCCAAGGCCGGCGUUCCCGAUCACCAGUCCAGUGCUGAUCGGCCAAUGGCGCCAUCAGGCCAUCCUUCGCAGGCACGUGGAGGCUCUUGGCGGAAAAGUCGAGCUCGGAUCCGAGUUUAUAGGUUGUGCACAAGAUGAGAAUGGUGUGACGGCGGGGAUUCGCAAAGUCGUAGAUGGCGUCGAAUACAUAGAGAAGGCACGAUUUGAGUACCUUGUGGGUGCCGACGGUGGUCGAAGUUCUGUGCGAAAGGCUAUGGGUGUCAAUUUCCUCGGAGAAACUCGCGAGGGAGACAGGCUACACAUUGUUGAUGCCCGUAUAGAAGGCCUUGAUGUUGAUUCUGAUCUCCGUUUCUGGGGUAACCAGAAGACUGCUAUGGUUACUCUCAGACAAACAGCCGAGCCUGGUUUAUUCCAGAUGCUUUUUUCUGGCUCCGAGAUUAGACAUGACUUCCUCAAAGCACAUAACGACGCACAAGCAAUCCAGGACGAACUUCACAGGACCACGAACCGUACUGAUCUCCGAGUCACUGAAAUAACUUGGCAUGGCGAAUGGAGACCGAACAUUCGUAUGGCGGACCAUUUCCUAGUCGGACGAUUGUUCAUCAUUGGUGACGCUGCACACACACAUUCGCCAACGGGCGGACAGGGAUUGAACUCCAGUAUACAAGAUGCUUUCAAUCUUGCUUGGAAAUUGGCACUAUCAAUCAGAGGAAUCGCGUCGCCACGCUUGCUAGAAUCUUUUGACAGCGAGCGCCUCCCAGUGAUCGCGGAGAUGCUCAAGCUCACGACCGCCUUACUCGACCGCUUCGUUCAGUAUGGCAUCGGCCCAGAGAAAUCCGCCGAAGAAGCGCAAGCCCAAAACAGCUCACAGGAUGAAGAUGUAUGGAUCCGCGACGCGAAACUUGCUCAACUCGACAUACAUUAUUGUUGGAGUCCGGUCGUCGUUGAUGAACGUUUCACGCAUCCUAGUACAAUCUCUAUGGAUACAUAUAGUGCGAUGAGUAGUGAGAGAAGAGCUGGUGAUCGUGCUCCUGACGCACCGUCUCUUCUUGGAGUAAAUGUCCCAGGUCGACUUUUCGACAUUUUCAAUCCAGCAAUUCAUACAGUAUUACUAUUUGUGGCAGACGGACCCGCAGUGGAGCAAGCUCGCGCAAUCAUCUCUCCGUUUUCGUCAAUUGAUCCGGGAUUGAUACAGAAGGUGCUUGUACUCCCUGCAGGCACGGACCCAUCGAACAUUUCGACAAGAGAGAUGAAGCAUGUUGUUGUGGACUCGGAAGGACAUGCAUUCACUAAUUAUGGAGUGGACCCAUCGGAGAGUUCGCCAACGGUGGUUGUUGUACGACCUGAUGCCAUGAUCGGAGCAUUCCUUAAGACUGAGGCCGGUGCUCGCAAAUACCUUUCCCUAGUUUUCCAAUAA